GACUUGGGACUUAGGAGUGCCAACAGGGGCCUCUUACUACAUUGGACCUGGGGUGUAAUGUGGACAAGAACAAGUACAGUUUCUGCGCCCGUGGACGCUGUAGCUUAGCUGAGGGGGGGAAUCGGAGGUAGAGACUGCUCAUUUGUCUAGCAGGACGUCGGCCUCUCCCUGGGAGCCUGACCUCGGCCCAUACGAAACACCAAAGACUUAAGCUGAGACUUCUGUAUGCAACCAGGAGGCUGCAGCAGGGGUGCUGAGCUCUGGGCAGAACCCUCAUCCCUCACCCUUCAAAGUGGACCCCAAGGGAGAAAUCCAACAAAAGCAGUGGCCACCAAACAGUCCAGGACGCACAGAUGUAAACCUGGAGAUGAGACCUGAGGAGAGGUGGAACCGUGUUGGCCUUGUACAACGUGAAGAAGCAGAUUCUGUCUUGGAAGAGCCUAUCAACGUAGAUGAGGAAGAUGGAGGUCUUCAAAUCUGCCGUGUAUGUGGGGACAAGGCCAAUGGCUAUCACUUCAAUGUCAUGACGUGUGAAGGAUGUAAGGGAUUUUUCAGAAGGGCCAUGAAACGCAAUGUCCGGCUGAGGUGCCCCUUCCGCAAGGGGACCUGCGAGAUCACCCGGAAGACACGACGGCAGUGCCAGGCCUGCCGUUUGCGCAAGUGCCUGGAGAGCGGCAUGAAGAAAGAGAUGAUCAUGUCUGAUGCCGCUGUGGAACAGAGGCGGGCCUUGAUCAAGAGGAAGAAGAGGGAAAAGAUUGAGGCUCCACCGCCUGGAGGGCAGGGGCUGACAGAAGAACAGCAGGCGCUGAUCCAGGAGCUGAUGGACGCUCAGAUGCAAACCUUUGACACAACUUUCUCCCACUUCAAGGAUUUCCGGCUGCCCGCGGUGUUUCACGGUGACUGCGAGCUUCCAGAGCUUCUGCAGGCCUCACUGUUGGAAGACCCUGCCACAUGGAGUCAAAUCAUGAAAGACAGUGUUCCAAUGAAGAUCUCUGUGCAGCUGCGCGGAGAAGACGGCAGCAUCUGGAACUACCAACCUCCCUCCAAGAGCGACGGGAAAGAGAUCAUCCCCCUCCUGCCGCACCUGGCCGAUGUGUCAACCUACAUGUUCAAGGGCGUCAUCAACUUCGCCAAAGUCAUAUCCCACUUCAGGGAGCUGCCUAUCGAGGACCAGAUCUCCCUGCUGAAGGGGGCCACUUUCGAGAUGUGCAUCCUGAGGUUCAACACGAUGUUCGACACGGAAACAGGAACCUGGGAGUGCGGUCGGCUGGCUUACUGCUUCGAAGACCCUAAUGGCGGCUUCCAGAAACUCCUGCUGGAUCCGUUGAUGAAAUUCCACUGCAUGCUGAAGAAGCUACAACUGCAUAAGGAGGAGUACGUGCUGAUGCAGGCCAUCUCCCUCUUCUCCCCAGAUCGCCCUGGCGUGGUACAACGCAGCGUGGUAGACCAGCUGCAGGAGCGAUUUGCCCUCACCCUGAAGGCCUACAUCGAGUGUAGUCGGCCCUAUCCCGCACACAGGUUCCUGUUCCUGAAGAUCAUAGCUGUCCUCACCGAGCUGCGCAGUAUCAAUGCCCAGCAGACCCAGCAGCUACUGCGCAUCCAGGACACGCACCCCUUUGCCACACCUCUCAUGCAGGAGUUAUUCAGCAGCACGGACGGCUGAGUGGAGAUCUCACGGAGCAGCCAGACCCAGAUGUUCUGAAUUGCCACUUCUAGGGCUACCAGAUGGACACACUGAUAACCAACAAUGCCUCUGUCUGCAGCUGGCUAGCAUUUCUCAGGAAAAGGACACGGGAGCUCAGCCUGUGGAAAGCGCUGCCCUAGAAAUUAGACCAUCUCUGUGGUUGGGAAUAAACCUUCAAAUCCUGCUAAAUUCUCAGGUGUUAGGUGAGAAAGGAGGGAUCAGGUCAAACCAGGUAACAAUGGACACCCAUGCCCCACACAUUCCCAGCCCCAAGCUUCUUCUCGAGCUGCUCACGUGUUCCAGACUUGAGCUGGUCUUAUGACAAGUGUCACUGCUGAAUGCCAGCAGCUUGUCAUGACCUUGUUCUGGACAUUUCAGUCAAGUUCCUGCGCCUGGGCAAACACAUUGUUAAUCACUAACCAUGUGAUCAGCUGUCGGGGGCGGGGUUCCAGUACAGACCCAGAUGCGGAUCCCCACCUCAGAAGACAAAGCUGAAAUGUCUGCUAAUAGCUUAUAAAACCUUCUUAAAUAACUCCUGUGGAGCUAAAGAGCAUGUGGCACACAGCCCAGGAACUUUGUGUAGGGUCUGGGGUUCUGUGCGUCACUGGAAGCCAAGGAAAGGUUCCCAAAUGCCAAGUGUGGAGGAAGGGGUGGGAACUAUGGCUGUGGGGACCUGUUCAUGACUUGGGGGGGGGUAGGUCUGCACCCCCAUCUGACCAGGGUCUGGUUUGCUCCCAGGGCUGUGGCUUAUGACAAAGUAACAGACAAUAAAUGUAUAAUGGCACAAUUA